UCGCUCAUGGUGCUUCGUGUUUAUACACAGACAUAUCGCGGCCCCAUCCAUGUGUUCGCUGUUAGUUCCUCACACUCCAGAUGCCUGAAUUAUGUGUUCAUUAAUUCAGUGUCGGUAAUAUUUUAUUGAAUACUCAUCUUGUCGAAGUGACUUCUUUUUUAAAAACUGCACUUGGACUUUCAUUCUGUGAACUACAUGUUAUUGGGAGCGUUACGGACAGCAUAGCCAUCUUUUCAUCAACAGGCUCUGGUGUAUCUGAUGCUGAUCUCUGACUGCCGUCAAUGAGCUGUGCCAGUGAGAAAAUGCACCAGUAUACUGUGGUUAUGCCGGAAGUAGUGGAAGAACAAUGCGACUACCCCAAAGGCACCCACAGUUUGCUCAUGCUACUUCAAUUGAUAUUGGGCGCUGUGACAAUUGGAUUGGUGGCAGAUAUGGGCAGCUACCAGGCCCAGGCCGUCCUCUCAGAAAAUGAAUUCACAGUGGCAGCUUUCAUAUCGUUCGGAGAAUCUACGGCCCUCAUGAUGGUGGCCUACGGCUGCCUGAUGACGACGUUUUUGCUGCUGGUCUCAUCUGUGUUGGCAUCCAGAACUUUUUAUCAUGUUCCCAAAUCCCUGUUUUUUGUCCUGUAUCAUCUGGUCUCUGCAUCGUUAUAUUUGUCGUCUGGACUGUCGGUUGUGAUCUUGGGCUACCAAAGGAGAUAUGAAAAAUAUUAUAUAACUGCUGGGGCCAUCGGUAUUGUGAAUGCCAUUCUUUACAUCUUCAGCACUGGCCUGGGCUUGCGUGCACUUCAGGCUAUCAAGUGAGAAGUGGCACGUAUUUCCUGAGUUUCUACCCUGUACGGACGCGGAUCAAUCAUACGACGAGCUUCUGCAAACCUGCCAAAAAACCAAAUAAGAACUUUGAUCUGUCGACGUCUACAUCUUCACUAAAAGCACCCAGAUCGUCUCGUCUUCAGUCUUAACUAGUUUCGCGACGAUUUACUGUUGUAAAAGUCCUUUGGAAGAUCUAAUAGGAACAUUAAUCUGUCAACGUCUAUAUGUUCACUUAAAAAAAACUAGUUCGUCUUAUCUUCAUUCUUGAAAAAGUCUAGUUUCUUUUUGUAAACGUUGACUGAUCCAAUAGGAACUUUGAUCUGUCAGCGUCCAUCUUUGGUAUUGCCUUCAGUCUUGAUUAGUUUUUUCUCAUGCGAGGGUUUCUUGUUGUAAGAGACUCCUUUGACAGAUCAAAUAAAAACUUCGAUAUGUUAACGUCUGUCUCUACAUGUCCACUUAAAAAAAAAAAAAAUAGAUCGUCUUAUUUUCUUCAUUCGUGAAAAAAGUCUAGAUUUUUAAGCGAACAUAUAUACGUUGGCAGAUCAAUUCGAUCUGUCAACGUCUAUACGUUCACUUAAAAAAACUAGAUCGUCGUGUCUUCAUUCUUAAACUAAUACAAGUUUUUUAAGUGGACAUAUAGACGUUGACAGAUUAAAUAAGAACUUUGAUCUGUCAACGUCUACAUGUUCACUAAAGACACCCAAAUCGUCUCGUCUUCAGUCUUAAAUAGUUUCGCGACGAUUUCCUGUUGUAAAAGAGUCCUCUGGAAGAUCGAAUAAGAACUUUAAUCUGCCUACGUCUAUAUGUUCACUAAAAAAAAAACUAGAUUGUAUUAUUAUCUUCAUUCAUGAAAUAAGUGUAGAUUUUUAAGAAAACAUAUAGACGUUGGCAGAUCGAUUCGAUCUGUCAACGUCUAUACGUUCACUUAAAAAAACUAGAUCGUCGUGUCUUCAUUCUUAAACUAAUAUUAGUUUUUUAAGUGGACAUAUAG